AUGUCAUCUUUCAAGAAUCCUGUGACAGCACUCACUGAGGAGAAACCCUAUAAAUGUAACGAAUGUGGGAAAGAUUUCUGUGGUUUUUCAUCCUUUUGGACACAUGUGCGAGGUCAUGAACGUGAAUGUAAAGAAUAUUGUAACAUCAGUAGUCAUCCAUCACCUCUGAUUUUUCGUAAAAAAUUUCAUAAGGGAGAUGAGCCUUUUGAAUGUAAUGAAUGUGGGAAGACAUUUAGUCUUCCCUCACAGCUCUCUAGACAUAGAAGAACUCACAGUGCGGUCAGGCCAUAUGAUUGUAAGGAUUGUGGGAAAGCAUUUAUUCAGCCCUCAGAGCUCUCUAGACAUAGAAGAACUCACACCGGAGAGAGGCCCUAUGAGUGCAAGGUAUGUGGGAAAACAUUUAGUCAAUCCUCACAGCUCUCUAGACAUCGAAGAAUUCACACUGGAGAGAGGCCAUAUCAGUGUAAAGAAUGUGGGAAAGCCUUUAUUCAGCCCUCACAACUCUCUAGACAUAGAAGGACUCACAGUGGAGAGAGGCCCUAUAAGUGUAAGGAAUGUGGAAAAACAUUUAAACAGCCUUCACACCUCCCUACACAUACGAGAAUUCACAGUGGAGAGAGGCCCUUUGAAUGUAAAGAAUGUGGGAGAGCCUUUACACAGGCCUCAUGUCUCAAUGCACAUAUAAGAACCCAUAGUACAGAAAAGCCUUUUAAAUGUAAGGAGUGUGGCAAAGCCUUUAAUUGUUCAUCAUCCCUUACUCGACAUGUCAAUAGUCACAAUGGGUUUAAGCCUUAUGAAUGUGAAGAAUGUGGAAAAGCCUUCAGUUACCCCUCAACACUCACCCACCACAUGAGAACUCACAGUGGAGAAGGGCCUUAUGAAUGUAAGGAAUGUGGGAAAGCCUUUAUUCAAGCCCCAUCCCUCAAUGCACAUAUGCGAAUUCACAGAGGAGAGGGGCAUUAUGAAUGUAAGGAAUGUGGGAAAGCCUUCACUCAGGCCUCUAAUCUCACUUUACAUAUGCAAGUUCACAGUGGUGAGAAGCCUUAUGAAUGUAAGGAAUGUGGGAAAGCCUUCAGCCAGGGUCCGGUCCCGGGUCCGAGGCGCUGCCCUCGCUCUCCGGCGCACUCUCGGUCUCGCCGCCUUCCGGACCCUGGGGGCCUCCUGUCGCCGGGACGCUGCCACCGCCGCUUCUCGCCCAUCCCUCUGGGCGGCCGCAGCCGGUUUCUGGACGCCGAGCAGCGGGGGCGGACCUGCGUCUCUCGGGGCGGCAACAGGUAA